AUGGAGUCCCUCCUCAACCAGUCCCGCGCCAUGUGCCCAUUCCUGAAGCACACCUCCCCCGCCGCUCUGCGCUCAAUGUCCAUGACAGCAACAGCAGCAGCAGUACGCCCCAGCGCUGCUGGGCCUCGCGGAGGCACCAUGUCGAAUCUGCAGGUAAUUGCGCGCCGCUGCCCCGUCAUGAGCAAGGCGCUUGCCGUGCAGAGUUCCCGCCUGGCCUCGUCGAAGCGCUUCACUGCUGCGUUGAGCGCUGCUCCGGACUUUAAGAAUCUGGGCAAGGUUGGCGGUGGAAGCGGCGGCGGUCGCUGCCCAAUGUCUGCUUCUCUGCAUACUACUGCGGGCAAUGGUGCUAGUGUGGAGGUUGGUGCGUAUGAGAAGAAUGACAAGCUUCGUCCCAACCUGCCGGCAAAAUCAGUACGGAAUGCGACCACCAGCAGCCAGCUUGAUCCUCUUUUCUCCGGUCCUCGUCCCGACGCCCCCGCAGCGUCCACCUUUGACUAUGAGACUUUCUACAAGAACGAGCUGGACAAAAAACACAAAGACAAGUCGUACCGUUACUUUAACAACAUCAACCGUCUCGCCAAGGAGUUCCCAUGCGCUCAUAUGGCUGCCCCGGAGGAAAAAGUGGCAGUGUGGUGCUCCAACGACUACCUCGGCAUGGGCCGGAAUCGCCAGGUCUUGGAGCAAAUGCACGAGACGCUUGAAGACUAUGGUGCCGGUGCUGGAGGCACCCGCAAUAUUUCCGGGCAUAACAAGCAUGCCGUUCAGCUAGAAAAGACGCUGGCCAAAUUGCAUAGCAAGGAGUCGGCGUUGGUGUUUACUUCGUGCUAUGUGGCCAACGACGCCACCCUGGCAACCCUCGGGAGCAAAUUGCCGGAUUGUGUGAUUCUCUCGGAUAGUUUGAAUCACGCUUCUAUGAUUCAGGGAAUCAGGCAUUCUGGAGCCAAAAAGAUGGUGUUUAAACAUAAUGAUCUCGCCGAUCUCGAAGAAAAGCUGGCUUCCUUGCCGCCUCACGUUCCAAAGAUCAUUGCAUUUGAAUCUGUGUACAGCAUGUGCGGCUCUAUCGCGCCGAUUGAGAAGAUUUGUGAUCUGGCCGAUAAAUACGGUGCGCUUACUUUCUUGGAUGAAGUGCAUGCUGUGGGCAUGUACGGCCCACACGGUGCUGGCGUGGCCGAGCAUCUCGACUACGAUGUGUAUGCUUCUCAGGAUACCAGCAGCCCACAAAGCACCAAGGGAACCGUGAUGGAUCGAAUCGACAUCAUCACUGGAACUCUGGGCAAAGCUUAUGGAUGUGUAGGCGGAUAUAUCGCCGGCUCGGCCAAGAUGGUCGACACAAUCCGAUCCCUGGCUCCCGGGUUCAUCUUCACGACCUCAUUGCCUCCCGCUGUCAUGGCUGGUGCAAGCACAGCAAUUGAGUAUCAAUCCGAGUACCAGCGCGACCGCGUUCUGCAGCAGCUGCACACCAUGGCUGUCAAGGACGCAUUCAAGGACAUGAACAUCCCCGUCAUCCCCAACCCGUCACACAUUGUGCCACUUCUGGUCGGCGACGCAGAACUCGCCAAAAAGGCAUCGGACAUGCUGCUCGAAGAGCACGGCAUCUACGUCCAGGCCAUCAACUACCCAACCGUGCCCCGCGGCGAAGAGCGUCUACGCAUCACCCCGACUCCCGGCCACGUCAAAUUCUACCGUGACCGUCUCGUGCAAGCCGUCGACAGUGUCUGGAACAAACUCGGCCUGAAGCGCACUAGCGAGUGGAAAGCCCAAGGUGGAUUCGUGGGUGUCGGUGUCGACGGCGCCGAGGCUGAGAAUCAGCCGAUUUGGCAGUCUUCGCAGCUUGGAAGGGGUGAAAACGAAUCUGUUGAGGAUGCUGUCGGUCGUGAGUUUCAGCAACUGGCUCGCGAGGAACAGCAGCAGCAGCAGCAGCAGCAGAAAUUACAAGCUGUUCAGCGCAUGCAGACUGGUGGUCACCACACCGCUGCUGCGCCGGCUUUGGGAACUCCCAUCGGAGUUACCGCAUAA